AGUGCUGGUGUGGUGUGGUGUUGCCCCUUUGGUUACGAUUUGCAUCGACGAUUCGUCGCAUAUUGGAUUUAGCUUGAGUGGCUUUCAUGUUUGACAAUUGGUCCCUGCCCUUUUUGCUAUUCUCGUACCCCGCAGCAACUACCUCCGAGAAUUUGGGGGUGGAGGGUCCGCUCCGCGUUGUAGGGAUGGUUGCGCGGGAUAGAAAAGGGAAAGGCAACCUCGCCGAUUCGCACCUCGUUGACCCGUUUGCUCUUUCUCUUUCUUUUUUCUUCAGCCUCGAUCUUCUUAUAUACCCAGGCGUUCAAUUCCCUUGCUGAAUCCUAUCAACUCUCAGCAGCAGAACCUCAAGCCAAGCAGCACACCUUGUAAUCAAUCACAUCAACCUCCCAAAAUGGCGCCUCACACUGUCAACUGGGGCAUCAUGGCCACAGGCUGGAUCGCCGAGACCUUCUGCAAGGACCUCCUGACCAACCCGGCCUCGCGCGAGGUGACCGACGUCGCCCACCGCAUCGCCGCCGUCUCCUCCUCCCGCGACGCUGAAAAGGCUCGCGCCUUUGUCAAGAAGAUUGAUGCCCCCGCCGAUACGACAGUCUACGGCUCCUACGCCGAGCUCGUCCGCGACCCGGCUGUCGACAUUAUCUACGUCGCCACCCCGCAUUCCCACCACUUCCAAAACGCCAUGCUCGCCCUCGACGCCGGCAAGAACGUCCUCUGCGAAAAGGCCCUGACCGUCACCGCCGAGCAGACCCGCAUCCUCGUCGAAACGGCCCGCGCCAAGAAGCUCUUCUUUAUGGAGGCCGUCUGGACCCGCUACUUCCCGCUCAGUAUCAAGAUCCGCGAGCUCAUCUCCUCGGGCGCCAUUGGCAAGGUUUACCGCGCCACCUCGGACCUGUCCUUCAACAGCAAUGCCGAAGAUGCCUCCGGCAAGCUGUCCUUCCCCGACGCCCACCGCAUGGUCAACCCUGAGCUCGCUGGCGGUGCCCUGCUCGACCUGGGGAUUUACUCCCUGACCUGGAUCUUCCAGACGCUGUACCACCUGCAGCCCGAGGCCGAGGCCGACAAGGAGAGCCCCGAGGUCCUGGCCUCAGUGCAAAAGUAUCCCGUCACUGGUGCCGACGAGUCCACCACUAUGAUCCUCAACUUUCCCAAGCAUCAGAUGACCGGCAUCGCCACCACCUCGCUGCGUGUCGACACAGCACCCGACGGCCACAAGGGCGAGACGGCGCCUGCGAUACGCAUCCAGGGCUCCAAGGGCGAGAUUCAGGUCUCCCAUCCGGCGUACCGGCCGACAUCGUACAAGGUCGUCAAGAAGGGCGUCGAAGAGGUCGAGGUUGUCGACUGCCCCAUCCCCAAGGACAAGGAACGCGACUGGGGCCAUGGCAUGUUCUGGGAGGCUGAUGAGUGUGCGCGUUGCCUGCGCGACGGAAAGACGGAGAGCGCAACAUUGCCGCUGUCGGAGUCUCUCGUUAUUAUGGAGACGAUGGACAGCGUCAUCAAGCAGGGUGGUAUCCAGUACCCCGAGCUCAUCACUACCCACAAGUUUGAUGCCCAGAGCCCAUUGAACCUGGGUAAUGCUUAAGACGAAGUUACGUCGGUUGAAAAUACGGUGUUGUAUAAAUCCGGUUGUACGGGUACUUAGAUAAUAAAGAAACCUUGAGUUGAAUUAUGAAUGCGCGGCCCCGCUUUCGGGAGACCCGGGACCCCGGGACCGCCGAACCGGCCCGGGGUGCCGUAGUUGAAGUCUAAUAAAAUUAAG